AUGGAAUUGGCCCCCACACCGAUAGAAGACGAGGACUACGUGACCUACUUCCCGACACCGCCGGAGAUUCAGCAAGCGAAAAUGGACAUGAGUUCCUCGGCGGGUUCGCUAGCGGGGUUGUCAAGCUCGGGGAGCUGGGGAAACAGCUCUUCUAAAGGUGUUGUUUAUUGGCUAACCAGGACCCAGAAAUUCUCGUCCUACGCCUUUACUUCCUUCCUCGGAAUCCACGCAGCCACCGCAUCCAUCACGCCAUUGAUCCUGGGCCUCGACGCGGGUGACAGAGCCCUACUCCUCGCCAGAACGUACUAUUACCAGGCAACUCCCUACAUCGAAAUGCUCCUCAUCCCCGGCUCGCUAGCGCUGCACAUUGGCUCCGGCUUUGCGCUUCGUGCUUACCGGUCCCACCAGCAGCGCCAGCGGUACGGCGGCAAGCCACCAAAGUCCGUGUCGCAGUGGCGGUGGAGGAAUUUCUCGGGGGUCUCGUUGGCGGGAUACGCUUCGAUCCCGUUCGUGGCGCUCCACGCGGCACUGCUGAGGGGUGUGCCGUUGUGGGUUGAUGGCGACAGCUCCCAGAUCGGCCUGGAGUUUAUGGGCCAUGGCUUUUCGAUUGGGAGAUGGGGGAAGUGGAUUGGGACAGGGUUUUAUACUGCUAUGGUUGGCCUGGUCUCAUAUCAUGUUGUCUAUGGGUGGGCAAAGUAUCUUAAGGUGAACCCGCGGAAUCGUAGGAUCACUGCUGGCACUGCCAUAGCGGUGGCCGGGGCUUGGCUGUCUGGGUUAUUCGUAGUAAUCUCGAGGUUGGGCCCUGCAAGAGGGUUUCUCAGGAGACACUAUGACCACCUCUACAACGUCUUUUUCUUGAGGGUUUUGCAGGCUGAUUGA